UCUCCCGCAACGGAUUCUCUCUUGGUUGACCAGAUCCAUGGAUCAACUUUGUCAGUUCCACAGGAACCUGUUCGAAACCAACUGUUUUUCGAUGUUGGAAAUGGUUCUAAUGAUUGCGGGAAUCCCCAUCGAAUCUCCCACGACGAAUUCGUGGAAACGUACAAUCCCUCGAAUCUCGAACGUGAUUAGUGCUUUGCAACUGGCCCUUACCAUUGGGCAGUUCGAUGGGAACGCUGAUGGACUAGGAUCGUGUUGUGUCAAAUUUUUAGUGUUGAAUCAUUUUGCUGAACCAAUUCGGGAAGUACAGAACUUUAUCGUGAACAGACCUUGCGAUUCCGGUGAUAAUCAGCACGAUGCAUCUAUUCGUGAAAAAUUUGGCAAGUCCGUCAAGCGCAUUCUUGUCGCUAUUAUGACAAUGGUGGCGAUGGAUAUGGUUGUAAUUUCUAUCCCAAGCUCACAGCGAACCAAGUUGCUGGGGAUCCCUAAGUACUUUUUAAAAUUCGGUUCGUUCUGUUACAAAUCUGUACAGUUCUUAUAUGGGUUUUUCAUACCGUUGAUUUGGAUUCCAAUGUACUUGAGUUACCCCUUAGUAUUGGGAAUACUUUUGACGGGAUUGCGGACUGAAAUGCAAAUUCUCAAGCAUAGUUUCGAACAUCUUGGACAUCAAACGAAGUCGGGCCUUUUCGAUAAAAGACACUGGCUACAAUUAAAGCAUGAUAUUGGCGGACUGUUGAAUCAACAGCUACUGCUGCACAGGCAUCUUCGGACAGUUCGACAUUUGGUGGGAUUUGGAUUCUUCAUUGCCUAUUACUUUGCUGUUUUCUUCAUUGGUGCCAUCCUCUUCAUAACCAAAAUGCAUGAUAUUGCGUUUUUCGUGGUUUUUCUCAUUUCACUGUUCAUGGUUGUGCUGAUCGAGUGCUACUGUUGGUGUCACCUCGUGGAUUCACUUGAUGAUGUCGCAGACGGCAUUGGUCAAAGCAUAUACGAGCUAUGCGCCAAACUUCCGGACUCUCGAGAGUACCAUUCUGACUUCGUGGCAAUGCGAACAAGUUUGAUGAUCAUAUGGAUGAACACGUGCAAUAGCCCCCAGGUGAAAUGUUUGGGAAUCUUUCGGAUUUGCUCCGAAAAAUUUGUCAGCUUGUGCAAUGCCAGUUAUACGGUGUUUACAUUUUUCAUCGGCAUGCCUCAUUGAAAAAAGGAACUUGUCAA